GGUUGUCACUCACAAAUAUCAAGCCAAAAAACAGAACCUCAUCAAGAAAUUCGAGAAGCUGUGUGAAACCAAUGAGCGAAGCGUGAAGAAAACAUACUUCAAAAGUGUGGAACCGAUUGGAGAUUUUGUGAGGAAUUUAUCAAGCGUAGUAUUCUCUGACAAUGAGAUGCACCUGCUAAACAGGGGAUUCAAAUUUGCCUUUCAACAACAUGAACAAACUACAUUAGAGAACACGUUGAUAAGUUUUGAAACAGCGAUCAGACACCUUGAGGACGAAGAGAAAAUCCAGAUAAGAUCGGAAAUGUUGAAUGAGAAAGAGAACAUCAAAUGCCAGAAAAUGACCAACCAAAUGAAAGAUAUUUGGAAAACAAUCAAGGGCUUAAGAGAGAAACGUGACGCUGUGUAUUUUAUGAAAGCAGACAAAAGCAACAACAUUGUCAUUAUGGAUAAAGAAGAGUACGUAAAAAUGAUUGAAGAUUUCAUCGAAAGUGGGCCGUACGAAGAGGUGAGACGUAGUCCUUUGCCGGGUAUGAUAAGAAGAACGAGGGAAGCGGUCAAGACAGCAUCAGAAACGUUGGGCCGCGAAAUCAUAUGGAAGCUAAAUGUAUCAAAUCCAUCGAUACCAAGAUUAUACACACAGCUCAAAUUACACAAACCGGGAAGAAAAGUACGCCCGAUAACAUCGAACAACAAUUCACCGAAUGAAAAAUUGGCACAAUGGCUUCUGAGUCAAUUUGAAGCGAUGCCGAUCAAAUUCGAGACAGUGGCAAUCAAGAACACCAUUGAGUUUGUUGAAAAGACAAAAGAUCUCGUCUUGUUGGAGGGUGAAAUGCAGGUAUCUUUCGAUGUCGAGAGCCUCUAUCCAAAUAUUCCAAUUGGCGUUACUCUUCAAUUACUAGAACAAUGGCUUCAAAGCAAUCAACUAGAGUAUGAAGUAGUAAGAGAGCUAGUACGAUUGACAAAAAUCUGCAUGGACGAAAAUUGGUUCCGGUUCAAUGAUAAAUACUAUCGUCAGAACUUUGGCUGCAGCAUGGGAUCAUCUUUGAGUCCAUUUUUGGCGAAUCUAUUCAUGUCACAUUUCGAGACAACGCUGAAGAAAGAGGGCAUAUUUCCACGUGUGUGGUUAAGAUACGUUGACGAUGUUUAUGCAAUCAUCAAAAACAACAAUUGA